AUGGCCUGGCAACCGUCUCCGGACAACCUGCGGACCUUAGCCGCCUGCCUCAAGGACUCCUUGAGCGGCUUUGACAAGGUUGCGCAAAAGCAGGCUGAGGUCAUGCUCCAACAAGCAAAGUCCUCACCUGACAUCAAUAACUACCUAGCAUACAUAUUCUCUAGCUCCGAGCCGCCCCCGGGAGUCAACUUCACUGCACAAGACUACCAUCUGGUUCGCUCAGCAGCCGCCAUCAUGCUCAAGAACAACGUGAAGACCAGCUUCAAACAGAUACCAGAAACCUCGUUGCAGCUGAUCAAGCUGGCCAUCCCCAUGGGGAUUCAGGACAAGAACUCACAGAUACGCAACUAUGCCGGCAACAUCGCAACCGAACUGAUCCGCCGGGUGGGCAUUUACGGCUGGCCUGAGUUCUUACCGGAGCUUCUCAAGAUGAUCGGCAAUGAGACAGGGAAUAUUCCCAACGAGGGCCAAGAAGGCGCCAUGGCGGCGAUGGCCAAGAUCUGCGAGGACAACACAAAGAUGCUGGAACGGGAACAGAAUGGCGAGAGGCCCUUGAAUUACUUACUACCGAAAUUCAUCGAGGCUACGAAGAGCCCCCUCGCUAAGGUCCGCGCUCAGGCACUUACGGCCAUCAACGUCUUCACUCCUCGAAAAUCGCAAGCCUUGCUCCACUCGAUCGACACCCUCCUGCAACACCUGUUCGUCUUGGCCAAUGACACCAGCGUCGAUGUUCGCCGUCAAGUCUGCCGCUGUUUUGUCCGACUCGUUGAGACUCGACCCGACAAGCUCCAACCUCACAUCGGCGGGCUAGUAGAUUACAUCAUCACUCAACAGAAGAGUGACGAUGAGGACCUAGCCUGCGAAGCCGCUGAAUUCUGGCUGUCCGUUGGCGAACAUGAGGACUUGUGGCAGUCGCUCGGGCCUUACAUUUCCAAGAUCAUUCCUGUUCUCCUUGACUGCAUGGUCUAUAGCGGUGAGGAUAUUGCUCUACUAGGGGGCGCUUCGGAUGAUGAGGAUGAAGACGACCGGGAAGAAGAUAUUAAGCCUCAGUUUGCCAAGGGCAAGUCCGCCAGGACUACACAAACCGGCGGUGAUGCUUCUGCAGACCCUGCACAAAACGGCAAUGCCUACGAAAAGCUGGCCAGCAUGGAUGACGACCUGGAAGAGGGCGAAAUCGAGGAUGAUCUUGACGAUGGUGAUGAGAAUCCCGAUGAGCGAUGGACAAUCCGGAAAUGCUCUGCAGCUGCACUAGAUGUUUUCGCGCGCGACUUCAGGGAUCCUGUCUUCGAAAGCAUCCUGCCGUACUUGACCACGAAUCUAAAGCAUGCGGAAUGGCCAUAUCGUGAGACUGCUGUUCUUGCGCUAGGCGCUGUGGCUGAGGGCUGUAUCGAUGUUGUUUCCCCUCAUCUGCCCGAAUUGGUCCCAUAUUUGAUCAGUCUUCUCGAUGACCCUGAGCCUGUUGUCCGCCAAAUCACCUGUUGGACAUUAGGACGUUAUUCAGCAUGGGCAGCUGAACUGACCGAUCCUGGCCAGACACACUCGUUCUUUGUCCCAAUGAUGGAGGGCAUCCUCACGAAGAUGCUCGACAAGAAUAAGAAAGUCCAGGAGGCCGGUGCAUCUGCAAUGGCCAACCUGGAGGAGAAGGCUGUUGCGAACCGACUUGAGCCCUACUGUGGGCCGAUCAUCCAGCAAUACGUGCGCUGUUUUGGAAAGUACAAGGACAAGAAUAUGUACAUUCUCUACGACUGUGUACAGACCCUGGCAGAACGGAUCGGCCCUGUUUUGGCAUUGCAUGAGCACGCGAGUGUGCUCAUGCCAGCUCUGAUCGACCGAUACCAGAAGGUUACGGAUCAAAACCGGGAGCUGUUCCCUCUGCUGGAGUGUCUGUCGUUCGUUGCUAUGGCCUUCGGCGACGCGUUCUCUCCUUACGCACAGCCCAUAUUCAGGAGAUGUGUCAACAUCAUUCACCAAAACCUUGAGCAGUCCAUGGCAGCUGUCAGUAAUGCCAACUUCGAUCAGCCUGACAGGGACUUCCUUGUCACAAGUCUGGAUCUACUAAGUGCCAUCAUUCAAGCUCUUGAUGACAACAAGGCGACAGAGUUGGUUGCAGAUACCCAGCCGGCUUUCCUCGAGCUGCUAGGCUUCUGUAUGGAGGACCCCGCCGAUGAAGUCAGGCAAUCAGCUUACGCACUCUUGGGUGACUGCGCGAAGUACGUCUUCCCUCAACUGGAAGCGCGGUUGUCAUCUCUCAUUCCGAUUCUACUGAAGCAACUAGAUCUUGAUAACAUCCUGGACGAGGAGAUCGACGCUGGCUUUAGUGUAGUCAAUAACGCGUGCUGGAGUGCAGGCGAAAUUGCCAUUCGCCAUGGGAAGGGUAUGGCUCCUUAUGUCGCUGAGCUUCUACAGCGCUGCGUCGAGAUCAUCACCAACCCACGAGUACCCAAGGGUGUGAAUGAGAACGCUGCCAUCGCACUAGGUCGCCUUGGUCUUGAGAAUGCUGAGUUGAUGGCACCGCAUCUUGGUACCUUCGCCGAGGAGUUUUUGACAUCAAUGGAAGACGUCAUUGUCACAGACGAGAAGGACACUGCUUUCAAGGGAUUCACGAAUGUCGUUGCGCAAAACCCCCAGGCCAUGGAGAAGGUACUGCUGCAAUUUUUCAAAGCCAUCGCUCAAUACGGUGACGACUUGACAUAUCCAAACCCUCUCAGGGGCGAAUUGAAGAAAGCAUUUCAGGACGUCAUCAAUGCCUACCGGCAAAUGAUGCCUCAGUUCACCGAGUUCAUCGCUCAGUUGAAGCCUGAGGAUCAAUCGGCACUUAAGGCGAAAUAUGCUAUCUAG